CCUCAUGGUGCAUGACAACACUGUAAACAUAAUGUCCUAUGAUCCUGUCGCGUCGAAAGACAGCAAUGAUUCACGAUCUUACGACUCCCCACGAUAGAAAGCCACACGCAUGAAGGGCAGUGGCGCUUGCCCAGUGCACUCCGAAGAAUUAACAGUGCUUUGACAAGUUUACUCGGCCACUUUAGGCGAUCGCAUACACUGGUGCGCAAACACAGUCGUGACGACUUCUGUUCUCCCGUUUCGUCUUGCUGCGGUGUCCUGACCGCUCAUCGUACGAUACAGUCGCCUGAUUCUCAAUCUGAUCCAGUCGAUCUCCUACCUGCGCAUACCUCCCCAGCAACCAUGGACCCGGACGAGCUGUACACCAAACAGAACUGCAUUGGAGGUGGCAGCUUUGGAAAAGUGUACAAAGGAGUCGACAAACGAACAGGGCAGGCAGUGGCAAUCAAAAUCAUAGAUGUCGAGAAUGCCGAAGAUGAGGUCGAGGACAUCAUCCAGGAAAUAUCCAUAUUGUCGGAACUGCAGUCCCCGUAUGUCACGAAAUACCAUGGGUCAUUCCUAAAAGGCUCCGAUCUGUGGAUCAUCAUGGAGUUCUGUUCGGGUGGCAGCUGUUCGGACCUUAUGAGGCCGGGCCUUAUCCAUGAAGACUAUAUCUGCAUCAUCCUUCGAGAACUGCUUAUGGGCUUGGACUACCUGCACGGCGACAAGAAAUUGCAUCGAGAUAUCAAGGCAGCAAAUGUACUUUUGGGACAAAACGGACAAGUCAAGCUGGCCGACUUUGGGGUUUCUGGACAAUUAUCAGCUACUAUGACCAAGAAAAAUACGUUUGUCGGGACGCCAUUCUGGAUGGCGCCCGAAGUCAUCAAACAAUCAGGCUAUGAUCACAAAGCGGAUAUCUGGUCACUUGGUAUCACAGCUAUUGAACUCGCCCAAGGAGAGCCCCCCUACGCCGACAUCCAUCCAAUGAAAGUACUCUUCCUCAUUCCCAAGAACCAUCCACCCACGCUACAGGGCAACUUCUCUCGCACAUUCAAGGACUUCAUUGAGCUGUGUCUGCGACGAGAUCCUCGAGAACGUCCAUCAGCAAAAGAGUUGUUGAAACAUCCCUUUAUACGCAAAGCGAAGAAGACAACAUAUCUGACCGAGCUCAUCGAGAGAAACGAGAGAUAUGUGGCAACUCAUGGCAAUAGGUCUUCGGAUGAUGAGGACGAUGAGGAGGCUGACAGGCCUGCACAGCACAAUCAUCCGUCUGAGAAUGAAGAUCUCUGGGACUUUGGAACUGUCAGACCUGUUGGAGGCCGUGGUGGUGGACUUCGCCCUAUGAACGACUCCGACACCAACGCAAGAGCGUCUGCCGAAGGAUCCGCGUCAAAAAACAAGAGCGAUUGGGAUGAAACUGUCAAAGUACCUUCUUCUCCGCAAAAGUCUCCUGUCAAAGCUGCUUUCCCUACUCCUGCCAAAGUUCCCUUACCAGCUUCUCCAACCAAAGCCCCGACACCCAGUGAAGUUGCAGGUUCAUCCGGUCUGUUUCCACCAGCAGUCCCUGCAAAACCGUUGAAUCCCUUCGCGAUGCCCCUCACACCGGCUGGUCCAGUUGUCAGCAAGUCUUCAAUAUCCCAAGAACACAAAGACAGCCCUGGCUCGAACGAGUACAACAAAGCAUUCCAAGCUCAGCUAGCGAAGGAUAUGGGAUUUCUGAAGAUAGACGGCGGAAACAGCCCAAACUCACAAGGCUCAACUCCACCUAACAAGAAGCCUCUUAUGAUGAUCCCAGAGAUCCCACCUUUCAAAGGUAGGCCCGGUAGAGGCGAGCCUCUCAACAAGCUUCAACCACCAGUGCCACAAACAGCAGUCAAUCAACAGCCACUUCCAUCCUUUGCGCCGAAAGAACAUUCAUCUGUUCCAACAGCACAUAUUGCAUCAUCAACAGUAAACCAACAGCCACUGCCACCAUUAAUGAGCAAGACUAACCAACCUUCGUCCUCAACACCACCGACCCCAGGUACCGCAUCCACCCAACUUGCAAAGACAGGUCCCGACGAAGAGCUUACCGCUCUCAACUCUGUGAUUGUUCCAGCCCUUGAAGCUGCGAUCCACCGCCGGAGCUACAUGUUGAAGGAGCUUGGUCGAAGCGGUAAACCUGGCUCAUCUGCAGCGGUGGAAAUUCAACAACAGAGAGUCGAGAAUCAUCAGAAAGUGAGACGACUGGCUUCGAAGGCUGCUGCCAUUUUCCAGGAGAUUCAAAGAUAUGAUGAGGAGUGCCCUGUUGGCAUGGGUGGUGGCGUAGCCGAGUUUUUGGAAGGAUUCCUUGAAGAAAUUCUGGUGAGAGUCGAGGCUGCCGAAGAGCCAGAGAGUCCUAAGAAGGCAUGAGAGGAUGCGAUUUCAUGGCAGGCGUCGAUUUCAUGAUCAAUUCCAGGCUGAGGCUUUUAUGAGGCAUUGUAUGAGGCACAUGGACAAGCUUGAUAUGAAGAGGUUCACGUGAUGAGAGGCACAGUAUGGUUUAUUACGACUGCUAGAGGUGGCAGCACUGUAUUCAGCCUUGCAUGACUCGGCUGGCCCCUGCAGCACACUAAUAUCGAGUCAGGAUGUUCAAUGAUCA